AUGGCUACCGAUCUGGAAUAUCAGACGUCGACAACAACUCCUGAAAUCGAUGAACAUCUUUAUUCACGACAACUUUAUGUGAUGGAAAAAGAAGCAAUGUACGAAUUACGUAAUGCUGAUAUUCUUAUAUCAGGCAUGCGUGGUUUUGGUGUUGAAAUUGCUAAAAAAUCUGAUAUUUAUUAUUUUUCUGACUCUGAUAUUGGUCAAAAUCGUACUGAAGUUACUAGAGAAAAAUUAUCUGAACUGAAUACUAAUGUUAAUGUGACAUAUUCUUCAUGCAAUAUUGAUGAAGAUUUUCUUCAAAAGCAUAAAGUGAAUGUAUUUGUUCUUACUGAUGGUGAUAUUGAUAAUCAAGUGAAAAUAGGUGAUUAUUGUCAUGAACAUGGAAUAAAAUUUGUUAAUGUUAAUACAAAAGGUUUAUUUGGACAAAUAUUUUGUGAUUUUGGUCAAAACUUCAAAGUACUCGAUACAAAUGGUGAAGAUGCAAUAACAGAAGAAAUAGUCAAUUCAAUCAGUCAUGAUGAAAUUGGUGUUGUAUCAAUAGCGACAUAUACAAAAGAUGGUUUCGAAGAUGGAUCAUACGUUACUUUUCAUGGUGUGAAAGGAAUGACUGAAAUUAAUGAUCGUGAAUUCAAAAUCACUGUACUAGAUCAAUAUACAUUUCUUAUUGGUGAUACAAGAAAUUUUGGUGUCUAUGAAGGUGGUGGAACAGUUACUGAAAAAUCAUUUUCUGAUUCAUUGAAAAAUCCAGAAAUGUUAAUUUAUGAUUUUUCAAAGAUAUCAAUGUCUGCUAAUCUUCAUUUAUCCUUUCAAGGUUUAUCACUUUUUCAAAACCAAUAUAAUGCAUUGCCUCAACCAUGGAAUAAUGAUGAUGCAGAUAAAUUCUAUGAAAUAGUUGAAAAAUUGAACAGAGAAAAUCGUGAACAAGUAUUAACAGAUCAACUAAAUAAACAUUGGAUAAGACUGUUUGCUAAAACAUGUACUGGUGAUUUAUGUCCAAUUCAAUCUGUUAUUGGUGGUAUUGCUACUGAAGAAGCAAUAAACGCAGUGACAGAAAAGUUUAUGCCAAUUCGACAAUUUUUAUAUUUUGAUGCUGUUGAAUGCUUACCUGAAAAUGUCUUUCAUCCAUCAAAUGAAACAACAAAAGUUGUUUUUGGUGAAGAUUUUCAAGAUAAACUAGGCAAUGCUAAAUACUUUCUGAUUGGUUCAGGUACAAUUGGUUGUGAAAUAUUGAAAAAUUUUGCUAUGAUGGGUAUUGGAUGCGGAAGAGAUGGUACAGUAUUUGUAUCCGAUAUUGAUUCCAUCAAGAUAUCGGAUUUACAUCGACAAUUUCUAUUCCGUUCUUGGGAUAUUGGUAAAAUGAAAUCAACAGUAGCAGCUCAAUCAAUAAAAGUAAUCAAUCUCAAUAUGCAUGUUCAUACAUAUGUCGAUGGGGCUUUAUCAGAAACAGAACACAUAUAUAAUGAUCAUUUUUUUCAACAAUUGGAUGGUCUUGUCACUGCAGUUGACAACGUCAAAACUCGUCAAUAUGUUGAUCGUCAUUGUGUCUAUUAUCGAAAACCAUUGGUAGAUAGUGGUAUAUUUGGUACAAAAGCAAGUGUUCAAGUUGUUGUACCAUUUCUUACUGAAUCAUAUUCAUCUACCAAUGAUCCAUCCGAUUCAACAGUAGACCUGAGUACUGCAAUAAAUUUUCCAAUUUCUAUUAAUCAUAUCAUUCAAUGGGUACUCUAUACUUUUUCUGAUCUAUUUACAAUGCCUGCUCAACAAGUUGAAGAAUUUGCGCAUGAUUCCAAAGGUUUCGCUGAACGAACGGCUAAAAAGCCCUCUGAAUAUGAAAAAAAUGAAAUUGUUGGAAAUGUUAAACAUAUUCUUGUUGAAAAUCGUCCAAGAAAUUUCACCGAUUAUAUCAAAUGGUCUCGAAAUCUCUUCGAACAACAAUUUCAUAAUGCAAUUGUUCAGUUACUUCAUAAUUUUCCACGUGAUCAUGUGACAUAUAGAGGUGAACUUUUUUGGAGUGGAUAUAGACGAUGUCCUCAUAUAUUGAAAUUUGAUGUUAACAAUAAACUUCAUUUGGAUUUCAUUAUUGCUGCAUCCAAUUUAUUUGCACAUAUGUAUAAUAUCUCACAAACAUGUGAUCGUCAAUUUAUUGCACAAGAAGUAACAAAAAUACAAGUGCCUGAAUUUAAACCAAAAGAUAUUUCCACAGCAGAUAAUGAUAGUAACCAAUGGAGAUUUGAUGAUCAGCAACGAAUGAAUGUUCAAAAGGAAAACAAUUCAUCAGUUGAACAACUUCUUAAUGAUGAUACGAAUUUUCAUAUGGAUUAUAUAGUAGCAGCAACUCUUUUACGAGCUGAAAACUAUAAAAUACAAAUAACUGAUCGAAGUCAAAUCAAAAGAAUUGCUGGAAAUAUAAUUCCAGCUAUUGUAACAACAACAGCAAUGAUUACAGGUCUUGUUUAUCUUGAAGUUUAUAAAUUAAUUUAA